AUGACGAGCGUUUUAUUCACGCAGGUUCCUUUCAAUUUGUUAUUAAGAUUAUUUGGAAUAAUUGAGCAACAGUGCCCGGUAGAGCCCCUUCCCGAAAUAUUCUCUAUAAAACCCUGUAAAUCAGACAAGGACUGUGCCCCACGAAUAUGUUGUAAAGAAAACGGGUCUAUUAACAAUUAUUGCAGAACCCCUGUUCCUAAAUUAGACCGAAUACCAUACGCCGACGAUUUGUUAAGACCUGUAAAACUGUUUUUUUCGUAUAUGCAAUGCACACCGCCUCCCCCCUUAGUGCUGGAUAUAUUUUCAAAGCCAUGUCAAUCAUCACUUGAUUGCUUCCCAAAUUUAUGUUGCCAAGAAGAUGGUAAAAAAUUUUGUAGACCGCCCAAACGGUCUAUAUUAACUCUGGUUGCAGGAAUUACACAGAGAAUUGGAAGUCAAGAAAUAGCUAAGAAACUAAUUGAGAGGAUAUCCUGAGUGACCUGUGUAUAUAGUUUCUAAUAGGUAAGCGAAGAUGU